AUGGGCUAUGGAAUCAAAGGUUCCGAGUGGCCCAAAAGUGGCCUGCCUUUUGGCGCAACCAUCCAAAAGCCCGCUGUUGUCCUCCGUCCUUUUUCUCCUGCAGCCCCCGACGAGAACUCAACUGUCGCCUACCAGGCGGCCCAGCCCAUCGACACCUACUGGGGCCAAUUCGAGGAGAUUUCCAAGUACAAUGUCUCGCUCAACUACUUCGAGCGCCUCUGGGUGGCGUGGUAUGCCUACAUGAACAACGAUGUCCUUGCCACCGGCAUCAUGUCCUUCGUUAUGCACGAGGCCGUCUACUUCGGCCGCUCGCUGCCCUGGAUCAUAAUCGACUGCAUUCCGUACUUCAACAAGUAUAAGAUUCAGAACCAAAAAGUCCCCACCGCCAAGGAGCAAUGGCAGUGCGCCCUGCUCGUCCUGCUGAGCCACUUCACCGUCGAGCUUCCCCAGAUUUGGCUGUUCCACCCCAUGGCUCAGUUCUUCGGCCUCGAGACCGGCGUCCCCUUCCCCUCGCCUCUCAAGAUGGCCUACCAAAUCGCCAUUUUCUUCGUUCUGGAAGAUACCUGGCAUUACUGGACUCACCGCGCCAUGCACGUCUUCCCGGCGUUGUAUAAGCACAUCCACAAGAUCCACCACCACUACUCUGCUCCUUUCGGUCUUGCGGCCGAGUACGCCUCGCCCAUUGAGGUCAUGGUCCUCGGUCUCGGCACGGUCGGCUCUCCUAUCCUGUGGUGCGCCAUCACCAAGGACCUCCACAUCCUUACCAUGUACGUCUGGAUCGUCGCGCGUCUCUUCCAGGCUAUCGACGCCCACUCCGGCUACGAGUUCCCCUGGUCUCUGCACCACUUCCUGCCCUUCUGGGCUGGCGCUGACCACCACGACACCCACCACGAGCGCUUCAUUGGCAACUACGCCUCCAGCUUCCGCUGGUGGGACUUCGUCCUUGACACCGAGUCCGGCCCUGAGGCUGCCAAGAGGAGGAGGGAGCGCAAGGCUGUCAAGCUUGCUGCCGAGAAGGAGAAGGCGGCCAAGAAGACGUCGUAAACGGCCGAAUGUUCGGCGACUUCUAUGAUCGUUUGCGUAGCUGCAUCACACGGGCAUGAUGUUUUGAAAACUAGUCUUCCUCCAGCAGAGCUUUCUGCAGGCUAGAGGCAUUAUCAAGCGCAAGAAAUGCGACUUGUCUUGCCGAGGGAGGAAAGCUGGAAGCAUGAAGCUGGCAACGAUAGGGUUUGCCUAUGGCCCUAGAUGAGGUGCUCUUCCGUCAUAUUCGUUUCUUUUCUCCAAAAAAGACGACUGCGCUUUUAGCGUGGUAUAUUCUAUAGUCCUUUAGUGUCUGACGGUGGCCUCCGGUCUUUAUACCCUAUUAAUGCAAAAACUUC